AGAAGUGUUUUUAUUUUUGCUAGUAAAUGAAAUUACAACAGAAUAAUAGCCAUUGAAAGUGAGAGUUCCUUGGAAGAGAAGAUUUGUCAGAAAUGGAAAUUGCGCAACAAACAGUUGCAUGUUGUGUGGAAGUCUGUCUCUAUAAAAGGGAGAGUGCAGGCCUGUGUUAGACUACAGCAGACACUCACUUGACACGUUUACUGGCAUUGCUGUGCACAACACCGGUUCAGAAUGAAGUUAACUGUAGCAGCCCUCAUGUCUCUGAUCUGCACAGCUGCACUGCUGUCCAUAUCAGAAGGUCAACAACCUGAGAUAUAUCUGCGCUGCCAGUGCAUUCAAACACAUUCAGGACCACCAAUUCGUAUUGAAAAAAUACUCUCAUUGAAGGUGAUUCCUGCUGGGCCAAAAUGCAAAAAUGAAAUGAUCAUUGCUAGAAUGAACAGAGGACAGAUGUGUCUCGAUUCUAAAAAAGACUGGGUGAUUUCUCUCAAGGAAAAAAUGAACAAGAGGAAAGUCAAGAGCCAGUAAUGAAUGAGAAUCACCGUUCUAAAAACACAAAGAGCAACUGAAGAAACUGAUUCAUUCAGCUAUUACUACUGUAAUAUAGAAUAUUUAAAUUAUGAUAAAUGAAUUAUUGAAUGUAAAAACAUGCUUUUGUUUUAUAAAAUGUGAAUUGAUUUUUACUGUAACUUUGCCUGACCUUAUUUUAUAUAUAUAGAGAAAGAGAGGCUGUUGUUAGUGUCACUGAAUUGUAGUUUUUUUAUGCUAAUAUAGUUUAUAUUGCAUAAUUAUUAUGACACAUGCUUAUAUUAAUAAAAACUGUUUUAAUUGUCAUAAUGGAUAUUUGUGUUGGUUUUAUUGUGCCUUUUUGUCAUCUCAAUUCAGUAUCUGAUUUCAGUAUUAUUCCAUAAGCUACUCACUAUCACGUUAUUCCAUGGCUUUCUUCUGCAAAACCCGAAAUAAGAAAAUCUGAAAAAUGUUUCACUACUUUGCCAUUUCAAGACACUGCUUUCCAAAAUACCACGCCUAUAAACCAAUUGAUCAAACACAGCCGUCAGGUGUGCAGACACUUAGGUGCUUAACUGUAAACUCAACAAUCAGAUGCUGUUCUUCACGAGUCUCUGCGGUCAUCAUUGUGCCAUCAGACACAAUGAGAAGCUCAUCAGAAAAUGGAAUAUA